AUGCCCCGCGGGGACUCGGAGCAGGUGCGCUACUGCGCGCGCCUCUCCUACCUCUGGCUCAAGUUCUCGCUCGUCAUCUACUCCACGGUGUUCUGGCUGAUCGGGACCUUGGUUCUGUCGGUGGGGAUCUACGCGGAGGUGGAGCGGCAGAAAUACAAAACCCUCGAAAGUGCCUUCCUGGCCCCGGCCAUUAUCCUCAUCCUCCUGGGCGUCAUCAUGUUCAUCGUCUCCUUCCUCGGCGUGCUGGCCUCCCUGCGAGACAACCUGUGCCUUCUGCAAGCGUUUAUGUAUACCCUCGGGAUCUGCCUCAUCAUUGAGCUCAUUGGCGGCGUGGUGGCCUUGAUCUUCCGGAACCAGACCAUCGACUUCCUGAACAACAACAUUCGGAGAGGCAUCGUGAACUACUACGAUGACCUGGACUUCAAAAACAUCAUGGACUUUGUUCAGAAGAAGUUCAAGUGCUGUGGCGGCGAGGACUACCGCGACUGGAGCAAAAACCAGUACCACGACUGCAACGCCCCCGGACCCCUGGCCUGCGGGGUGCCCUACACCUGCUGCUUCAGGAACACGACAGAGGUCGUCAACACUAUGUGUGGCUACAGGACGAUCAACAAGGAGCGCCUCAGCGUGCAGGACGUCAUCUACGUGCGGGGCUGCACCAACGCCGUGCUCAUCUGGUUCAUGGACAACUACACCAUCAUGGCGGGCCUCCUGCUGGGCAUCCUGCUCCCCCAGUUCCUGGGGGUGCUGCUGACCUUCCUGUACAUCACGCGGGUGGAGGACAUCAUCACGGAGUAUUCGGUCACCGACGGGCUGCUGGGGCCCGGCGCCAAGCCCCGCCUGGACGCGGCGGGCGCGGGGUGCUGCAUGUGCUACCCCAGCUAG